UUGUGGGCAGGCGUCACUUUCAGAGUUCCGUGAAAAUUUCAGUGAAAAACAGUGGAAUUUAGUGCAAAUCUAUCCCGAAAUCGCCAUGGGCAAGAUCGUUUGCGCCAUCGAAAAGUGCAGCAGAACGCGCCAAAGUCAAAACAGUGGUUCGCCCUCGCAGCGAAUCUCGUUGUUCAGCUUUCCCAAAGACGAUGAGGUGCUGGACAAAUGGCUGGAGUUUAUCAACCAGCAUAAUGUGAACAAACUGACCAAGGAGACGCUGGACCGGAAACGGCUGCGGUUGUGCCAUUUGCACUUCCAGCGGAAGGACAUUUCGCACAAGGGCAACAAGGACCGGAUUUUGCUGCGCAACUCCGUUCCGGAUCGUACGGCGAAAGUGAUAAAACACAAGCCCAAAUCGGCUAAAAUUCAACCAGAACCCACUUCCGGCAAAUCAUCUCCAGCUCCAACCUCGCUAACCCCGAACAAGCCACCUCCUGUUGCAAGCACCGCUCCAACACCCUCAACGGCAACCGCUUCCGCAACGGAUGAAGCCAGCAAGCCGGACUCCGCUCCGCUGUACCACUCCAUCAACGGGUUCGUGGUCGAUCUACGCUUCGCCUCCCAGCUGGAGAUGUUCCGCCUUCCCAACGGGAAGCUCAUCCAGGUCCGCAAGCAAGCCAAGAAGGCUCCGGCGGCGGCCACAGCGGUCGCAGAGCCGGAAGUUGCUCCGCCCGAUGGCGAAAAGGAGCAGGUCGUGGAAAUACCAAAGGACAAAGCACCGGAAGUGGUUCCGGAUGUGUCGGAGAAACAAGUGGAAGUCCCUGUGCUGACGGCGAUCCCACCGACCAAAAAGAGAUCCGAACGAGUUGCGAAGAAGGGUGCUGCUCCGCCAAAAAUGUUGGUUCCACCACCGCCGCCGCCGGAAACGGCGAAACCUGCCGUUCCGGUGCAUUACAAAACGUACAAGAACCGUCGGUCGCAGGGUACGGUACUGAGGAUUCCCCAGGUUCCAGAGUUAGUGGUGCCUCCAGCGAUACCAAUUCCGAUGCCUGAGGCUCCAACUACGGCUCCGGUCCGCCCUCCAAAUCCCAUGCCCCAAACCCAGGCCCAGAAGCCUCGUCGGCCAGUCGUGGCACCGUGCCUGACCGCUCUCCAAAGUCUGAUCUACAAAAAGCACGACGAAAUCACGCCCUUCGACCUGUUUCAGAAGCAGUUCGAGAACCAGCUGAUCUCCACCGCGGAGAUCGCCCUGCACGUGGUGGCCAAGAUCAACAACCUCAUCAACUCGAACCCGUUCAAAACGGCCGAAACGGAGCAGGACCUCAAGUACAUGUACCACCACGUCGGUUACAUCCUAAAAUACGCCAUCGAUCGAAUCACCGGGCUUACGGAAACCUGCGCGAGCGACAUCAAGAACAUGGGCUUCAACGAAAAGGCCGACCUCGGGCCGGUGUUCGGCGCGGCCGUGCAAGACCCGGAACCAACGCCACCACAGGCCGAGACGAGGACCGCGACGGAGACACCGACGGCCACACCAGCAGAACCAGAACCGAAAGAGGCCGACGACGAAGAUUGCGCGAUCGUAGAGGAACAACCGGACAUGAUCGAGAUCGACUCGGAUGACGAUGAGCAGGACCAAACCGCCGAACAACCAACCCCCGCCACCGUGCAACCAAAGGUGGAAACCUCGCCACGCCCGCUCAAGAUAUGCUCGGACACGGAAGAUCAACACAACGCAUCGCGAUCGACCUCCAGCAGCAGCAGCGAGUCGGAGGCGAGUGCCGGCGACGGCGAGCAUCAGUUUAUAAUCAGCGAGAUCGAUGAGCCGCGCGGGGUAAUCCGCCAGGACUCGGAAACGACACUGAAGAUCGCUAACGUGAUCGAGCAGUACUACGGGGCGGAGUCGGAAGAGGAGGAGGAGCAGGAGGAAACAGCUGAAGCUGGUAAGCAAGCUGAACCGAUGGAAGUUGAUGAGCAGGAUAAGGCAGUGGAAUCGCAGGAGAGGAAGGAAUCAACCGGGGAGGCGACGGAUACGGAUGAAGAGGAAACGACCGAGCUGAUCGAGAUCAUCGACGGGGAUGAUGAGCCGGAGACGGACAACGAUCCGGAGUACAGUGUGUUGGAGUGUGGCGACGGGGAUUAUUAUCUGGUUACGACCGAUGGGGAUGAGGUUUAACGGGCUAAGAGAGUGCAACUGUACAAAUUUUGCUUAAUUAUUUUAAGAUUAAUUAUUUUAAUAAUGUUCCCAAUAAAAGUAACGAAUUUGGAAAUUAAAA